AAUGGGGAGAGUGCCCACAAAUAGCCGAAUAAGCAUCUAUAUAUAGAGUAUUUUCGAGUCUAGAUGCAAUUGAUAGAGGAUAUGCAGAAACAUGCUGACUUGACAUGCUUGUUGUGUUUACAGAACGAGUUCUGAACUAUAUACACAAACUUGCCGAGAGUUGACAUGCUUUACAUCUCGCCCGUCGAUCUUUGUAGCCCGCAAUGCUCAUUGGAUAGAGUUCCAAAGCGUAGCUACCACAGCUUCGCGCUCAACGCCAUGGGGAUCGAGCAAAUACAGGUCUUCAAGGCAUGCGGCUGCUUUUGUUGUUGUUUCUGGACCAUCUUCGCAAUUGUUGCCGUGAUUCUCUCCAUCAAGUCCAUGGAACAGGGUAAGUAUGCAGUGCAUUUGAUUUGGCUUUCCCAGAGCAUCCUGGACGAACCGGUCACACAGGCCGGGAUGAGGUUCAUUGGCUUGGGCAAUGCGCUCCUGGAAUAUCCCUCCACCUUCCAGACGAUGUACUUCACGUCAUCAACACGGGGAGUGCAGGCCACGUCCCAAAGCGCCUUCCCACCCAUGGUGAAGUCCCCUAUUCGGGCACGCUCUGCGGACGGACUGGAGAUGUAUGUCACAGUGAGCUUCCAAUGGAAGCUGGAACCGCAGGCACUGCAUGGCCUCUACUACUUGUUGGGAGAGGAGGGCUACGAUGACGCCUUUGUGCGCUUUGCGAGGGCUGCAAUCAUCAACACCUGUUCUUACUACCCAGCGGAUAUGUACUUCACCAACCGGACCCUGAUCACAGCCAGGAUGCUGGAGGAUCUAGAAAGCAACUUCAAACAACCUGACAAAGGCCUGGAGUGCACCAUCCAAGGCCUGCAACUCCAAGAUGUCGACCUGCCAGAUCAGUUCGACGUGGAAAUCGCCAACACCCAAACACAGCUUCAGGAGCUUCAAGUGGCAUAUGCAGAAAGAGUAGAACGAGAAGUUGCCCUGCAAACAGAACUUCUGGUCGCAACACAGCAGGUACUCAGGAUUUUGGAGACGCAAAGCGGUGAGUCCAGAGGCUACUUGGAGCUCAACGGUGCUCAGGUGGAUCAACAAUUGAUCUUCCAAGAGCGCCAGGCCGUGGCAAACAACGAGAUUUUACAGAUCUUCGAGAAUGACACCGAUCCCUUUGAAAGGCUCUUUGAGAUGAUGGAGAUCCGGAUGUUGGAGGAACAUCAAGUCGACCAUCUCAUAUUCUCACUGUAAUGACACUCGCGAGGUCCCC